GUUUUACAUAAAUCAGCCUAAGUCUCGCGUGGCAAAGCACCGGAAACUAGUGUUAUAUUACCAGUUACCGUCUUCCUUCUAAACUCUCAUACCCUCUCUUCAGUACUUAGUAUGGUCACCAUCAGCACAAACAGUGAUAUCUAUUUUCCAUUUCCACGAGGCAUGAUGGAGGAUGGUCCUCAGUACAGUGAGGAUGGCUCUGGCCUAUACCCACCCAUCUUUGGGACUCAAUUUCCUCAGCCGCACGGAGACAUCCACUAUCAUCAAAAUCAACUAGAUGUACAAUGUGCAGCCGGCAUCCCAGCCUCUCAGUUCGAUUACACUAAUAUCAACAUCCACCUGCACCCUCACCUUCUCGAAAAUCCUCAGCACCAUGAUUCAUAUCAGUAUGAAUUUCCUUUUUCACAAAGAAAUGACCUUGGCCUUGGUGUACCACCCCAUGCCUGCCUUAACACCUACCUUCCGCCCCCUCCAGCUAAUGGCGGCAUCGUCAAUUUGUUCUAUGAAGGCCCCCCAAACCGAAUAUAUUCUCUCAAGGACUUGCGCCUACAAUAUUACUCCUCGGGUGGUGGCUCAGCACAACCCCCUGUGAUACAAACUCCGGAGAGCACUCGAUCCUCUAUUCCAACGUCAGAGUCUCAAUCAACCCCUCACCCACAGCCAACAGCAUCUACAUCCCGGGAUCAGCCUCCCAGGGAUAUUUCGAAUCGAGUGAUAGCUUGUCAGCAAUGGAGGAAGAUUCGAUGUGAUUCCACAAGACCAAUUUGCCAUAAUUGCGUGAGCCGCUCUGAUAAAUGCCAAUACGAUGCGGCACUUAAACGGCGAGGGCCUGAUAAAAGGCCAGGCACUCGCCGGCGCUCAUGUAAGAAACGUCCGACUGGUGGCUCAUCCCCUCCUUCCCUUCCAUCCAAGCGGAAAUGCACUUCGGUCAGAAAUGGCGACUUCGACCUUCUGCAGGAAUCUUGUGAAUUUCCCAAUGUCCCCACUUUGCAGCCUACUCUAUUUUCAUGUCAGGCUGGGGUGGGGUGCUAAGAACAUGACAUGGUGGGCGGGCAGGCAGUGGGCGGGCAGGCGGGCAGCAGGGGUUGUCAGGUAUGCAGGGUCAG